AUGGCCAAACUCUCUGUAACCUCCACUUCCACACGCAUCUCCCCAAUCCGCCGCUGCCGUCCACCACACUCCUCCCUCCGCACCACCAUGCCUGACAAUCACAACCCCCACCCUUCCUUCGAAAUAAUCGGAGGCGCACGUGACCUCUUUCUCCCAGCCUUCACUUCCUUACACCGUCCUUACACUCCUUUCCCUGUUUUUGGCCAUAACUGUCACGUUGAAACCAUUUUCGCUUCCCGCUUUCGUGCCACUCCUGAUGUCAGGUUCAAGCGUGAGUGCCUUCGUACUAAAGAUGACGGUGCUGUCGCUCUUGAUUGGGUCUCCGGGGACCACCAAAGCUUGCCACCCGAUUCUCCUGUUCUCAUUUUACUGCCAGGACUAACAGGAGGGAGCGAGGAUUCAUAUGUAAGGCAUAUGCUAAUCAGAGCAAGAAAUAAAGGGUGGCGUGUUGUUGUCUUUAAUAGCAGGGGUUGUGGAAAUAGCCCGGUCACUACUCCUCAGUUCUAUUCGGGUUCGUUUAUAGGAGAUAUGCGUGAAGUGGUGGAACAUGUUGGGACCAGAUAUCCAAAUGCUAACUUGUAUGCUGUUGGUUGGUCUCUUGGUGCCAAUAUUCUUGUCAAUUAUUUGGGUCAGGAAUCUCAAACGAUAACUGGUGCUGUAUCAUUGUGUAAUCCUUUCAAUUUGGUCAUUGCAGAUGAGGACUUCCGUAAGGGCUUUAAUGUUGUUUAUGACCGAGCUCUCACAAAUGCUCUGCGUAAAAUUUUUAAGAGGCAUGCUAGUCUCUUUGAAGAUAUGGGUGGUGAAUAUAAUAUCCCAUCAGUCGCCAACGCCAAGUCUGUCAGGGAGUUUGAUGAAGGACUAACUCGAGUUUCAUUUGGUUUCAAGUCGGUGGAUGAUUACUACUCUAAUUCAAGCAGUUCAGAUUUUAUAAAACACGUUCGUACACCUUUGCUUUGCAUCCAGGCUGUCAACGAUCCAAUUGCUCCAGCCCGGGGAAUUCCUCGUGAAGAUAUCAAGGAAAAUCCAAAUUGCUUGCUUAUAGUGACACCCAAAGGUGGUCAUCUAGGGUGGGUUGCUGGUGCUGAAGCUCCACUUGGGGCUCCUUGGACUGAUACCAUAGUCAUGGAUUUCCUAGAAUAUCUACGCUGUGGUGCAUGCAAAUCCUCUGCAUCUCAUCGCGGCACAGAAGAUGUGCAACAAUCUACCGAGGCCAUGCAUCAUCACCUAGAAGUAUAG